AUGGGAAGUCCGCCGAUUUCCUCCCGAACGACCUUCGACCCCGUGGUUCAUCAAGACGUUCGAACCAAGAGUCAGGACGAAUAUUUCAAUUUUCCUGCUGGUUCUCGGUUCGUGGCUCCCUCCAGAGAGAUGGGCCUUUAUCUGAAGAAGGCUUUCGCUCAUGCCCUGAAGGAAUACGGGGUUGUUUCUGUUGAGCUUAAAUUUGAUGACCCCAAGAGUCACUUCAUGCUUGAGCUGAUUCAGGAGAUGGGGUUCACUCCUGACACGCAUUCGGGAACACAAGGCGCGCUUUGGGACAUCACCUACAAGCCCGAAGGAAUUUCUAGUUUGAAGUCGGCUACUGGGAAAGCACAUAGCCGUUCUCAUGGAGUCGGCGAGUUUGCGUGGCACACCGACGGUUCGUACGAGGCUCAUCCGCAGCGUUUCUUUGGCCUACAUGUCGUCCAUCCCGAUAAGCAAGGUGGAGGCAUAUUCAGAGUGUUGCCAGCUGAGUCUCUCGUAUCGAUGUUGAGUCCUCAGGCCAUAGACGCCCUUCUACGCACCGAGUUCGACAUACAAGUUCCAGAGGAGUUCUACAAAGGUCAGGCUUCAAAUCGCGGCCGACUGCUGGAUGUCGAUCCCAAAACAGGCCAUUUUCUGCUGCGUUUCCGCGCUGAUAUUCUUCCUGACCCACCUACCAAGGACAACCCAGCGGCAAAUGCUGCUGUUGCGGAACUGAAGCGACUUUUGAACGAUCCUAAGACUCAAGGACAGAGGCUCCCUGACGAUGUCUUCAAGGAGAAUGUUAUGCUCCUCAUGGAUAAUGCGAGGUUCUUGCACAUGAGAACUGCUAUCAAGGAUAAAAAGCGCUUGCUCAGACGCAUUCGUUUCCAUGGCGAGCCUCAAACUGAUUAA